AUGGCCACCAAAGGUGAUGUUGAAAUGGUUGACACGACUGCAAAGUUGCAAGACCCAAACGACUACGCAGACUUGCUUCAAACAAAUCACAGCGACGCGUUCGCGUUCUCUGAAACCGAGAAGCUAGCAUUGCAGCUCUAUGAUCAGUUGAAGGAACUUGAGCUCGAGCUGAGCCUCCUACAGGCACAGCAAUCAGAUGAUGAGCUGCAAGCCCAGCUGACCAUGGCGCAACGCGAAGCCAUGGAAGCUAAAGCAGAAUAUGAGCUACGCAACAGGAUUUCCCACAACGUACUGGUAAUGGAUCCGGUGCUCAAAGCUGUUCAUGGCGGAGAACGAACUGGAUUUGCUGAAAAACGCAUACUGCCCUUGAUUGCUGAGAGUGAUGCGGUUUCCAUGGUACAUGGUUCAUUGACAUCCAAGCUCGUGUCCACUCAGCGUACCAUAAACACGGCGGCACAAGCAAACAUCGUCGCGAGCCGUAAGAAUCGUGAGCUUGCUGCCGAAAUGCUCGCGUUGGCGGAAGACAUGAAGGCGCAAUCAGCCAAGGACAUCGAAGACCCACGACUGCGCGACCAAGUCAGCGCUGUGGAGAAGGAACUGCGAGAAUCAAGAAGGAGAGCGAAGACGCUCAAAGGGGUUCUCUCGGCGAUGGUCGUGGGCAGUGGAAUCAAUUGGGCAGCGGACGAAGGCUUGACCGAGCUGGUCAUGGACGACGAGGAUGAUAGUUGA